AUGAAGACCAUCGCUGCUCUCGCCCUCACCGCCUCCAUGGCCAACAUGGUUGCCGGCCACGCCAUCUUCCAGCAACUCUGGGUCAACGGCGAGGACAAGGAGUCCACCUGCGUCCGCAUGCCCGCCUCCAACUCCCCCGUGACCGACGUCACCUCCAACGACAUGCGCUGCAACGCCGGCUCCGCCGCCGCUUCCACCACCUGCGGCGUCAAGGCCGGUGACACCAUCACCGUCGAGAUGCACCAGCACAACACCCGUGCCUGCUCCGAGGAGGCCAUCGGCGGCGCCCACCACGGCCCCGUCAUGAUCUACCUCUCCUCCGUCGAGGACGCCGCCGCUGCCGACGGCUCCAGCUCCUUCUUCAAGGUCUUCGAGUCCGGCUACUUCGCCAACAACAACACCUGGGGUAACGACCUGAUCAACGAGGGCUGCGGCAAGCAGAACUUCGUCAUACCCUCCGACAUCGCCCCCGGUGACUACCUCCUCCGUGCCGAGACCGUCGCUCUCCACGCCGCCGGCUCUGAGGGUGGUGCUCAGUACUACAUGUCUUGCUACCAGAUCAAGGUCGAGGGUAGCGGUUCUGCUAAGCCCGAGGGUGUCUCGUUCCCUGGUGCCUACAAGGCCACCGACCCCGGCCUGUUGAUCAACAUCUACAACACCAUCUCCAACUACGUCAUCCCCGGCCCUGCUGUCUACGGCUCUGGCUCUUCCGGCUCCGGCUCCGGCUCUGCUCCCGCUUCUUCCGCCGCUGCCUCCGCCCCUGCCGCUACCAGCGCCGCUGCCCCCUCCAGCGCUGCCCCUACCACUCUCGUCACCUCCGCUGCCGCCGCUCCCUCCGCUGCCGCUCCUUCCACCACCUCUGCCGCUGCUGCCACCCCCACUGCCCCCAGCACCGGCUGCAAGCGCCGCCGUGCUGCCCGCAAGGCCCGCCGCGCCGCUCAGUACUAA